AGCAUGCGAUCGCUGCACGCCGGCCUGCGGCUCCGAGGGACAUUCCCGCCACUGCAGAGGCACAGUUACUUCAAGCGCUUUCAGCAAGAGGUGAUAGAGGAACGCGCGAAGACCACCAAGACAUUGUUGGAGUUCGUCGCUGAACACAAGCUACUGUUCACCAGUACGGAUUUUGUUAAUUUUCUGCAGACAGGCUACCCCGAGCCGGAGCCCCAAGCUGGAAGCGUCAUCAACGCGAUCAGGUCCUCACUCCACCUGCCUAUCGAGGAGACGCCUCCUUUGGAGUACCAGACCGACGAUGACGAUGCGAGGAGCCCUGCACAUAGUGCGAGGCCACAGCAAGCGCCACAGACCACAGACCAGCUAUCCAUAGACGAAACAGACUUCAUAUCCCAAAUACCGAUAUACGAAGCAGCCGACGUCGAAAUCCGUCAGUCCCCAGACCAAAAACUAUCCGCAGCAGAUAGUUUCGAGUCUAUAAAUUCUUUGGACAGCAUAAACAGCGACCUCUAUGAUGAACUAAGCAAAGUAACCAUAGACAAGCCGAGACCAUGCGUCAGAAAGAAUGUCUUGCCAGAUUUGAUCCUUUUCGAUGCACCAUCGACUUCUACGUUUGAAGAUUACCACACUAUGCCCAGAAGUGGCAACACAGAUUCGGAGACUACGUCACUAGCGUCGAACGUCUAUGGUUCUAUGACGUCAGUGAAUGAGAUUGAAAGACGAAGCAGCUCGAAGUUGUCUUUGUACAGCAAACGGAGUGUGCUGUCUCUUUCUAACGUGGAGUGUAAGACGAAGACGGAAGAUAGUUACGUGUUUGAGGCGGGGUAUAUGCUGAAUUUGGCGGCGCGGUGCGAGAAUAUGGGAGACUUCCAAAGGGCAUUCGAGUGUUACAAGUCUGGUAUAGAGAAGAUGCUGAUUGGUGUUCAAAGUGACUCGGACCCUCAGAGGAGGGCCCUCAUCAAGGAGAAGACGAACAAGUACUUGUCCUACGCCGAAGCCAUCUACAAGAACCAUCUCUGUGAUAACGAGCAAAGCCUGCUGCCAGAGCGAGACACAACAUUAAAACCUCUGCACUGCCCCCUACCGGCCGCUAUGCUCAAGCGGCCGUACGAAGACUUAGCGCUAUACAGGGUGUUGGCUGUUCUAAGUUCAAGUAUUAUGCUAGUUCUGCAUAGGGAGGAACAGACUUGCUAUGCUAUGAAGGUCAUCCAAAAAAUACCGCACAAUUUAACUGAAUUCGACGAAUAUUUCCUGCAACGUACCAAAGAAACCCGCGAACCAGUUUUACCAACCGUUAUACCAUACAUGGUGCCCCUCCACGCGUUCAUAGAAACUAACAACCUAAUAUUUCUAAUACUAUCCUACGCCCCAGGCGAAAAACUAUUCGAUUACAUCAAAAACUACGCGAAAUCCAUCCCUAAUACCCCAGCAAGAGAGGUCAAUUUGGAAAACGUAUUCUCCGAACCGAAAAUCAAAACAAUUGAUGUCGAAAACGAUAAUAUUGAAGACAAAGUUGAAGUAACAGAUGUUAAUGUAGAAAUAAAUGAAGAAAUAGUUAACAAUAAUGAAGUAGAAACAACCGUUUUGGACAAUUCAGACCUUAGUGUGAACGAAAUAGUGUCGAAUUCUCAGAAAUUGUUGAAGAAUGUUGACAAAGUGUUGAGUGAGAUGAAAGGUAAAGACGAUACCAAAGUGGGUGAUAAAGUGAACAUUGAUAACUCUGAGAGGAGAGACGUUGUUACACCAAAUCUUAAUCGACUUACUCCAAGGCCGAAAGACGUUCUACCGCCAUCAGCUGUUUGCAAGUGGGGGGCUGAAAUACUAACUGCCAUUGAGAGCUUGCACAACUGUGGAGUGAUUUGCAGGGACCUAAACCCUUCAAACGUGCUCCUCGGUUCUCACGGACAAGUGAUCCUAACCUACUUCAUAUCCUACCCCGGCUUGGACAUGGCGCUAUCCAAAACGCGGCCGAAACCGGGCGACGUCAACAUGUAUGUGGCACCGGAAUUGUAUUACAACACUAUUGUGGAUGAACGCGAUGUGUCGAGCGAUAAGUUGUGCGACUAUUGGAGUUUUGGAGCCGUUAUGUAUGAACUGCUUUGUGGGGUGCCUUUAUCAUACUACCACAGGAGUGUCUUCACGAGUCACACCAUACUACAACUACCCGACGGAUUGCCGGUGGAGGUGGAAUCAUUGCUAACACAGCUAUUAACCUACGAACCCUCAGAGCGUCUAGGCGCCGGCAAAGACGGCAUAGACGAGAUCAAACGGCACCCUUACUUCAAGGGCAUCGACUGGCGGCACGUCUACGACACCUGGCUGGUCCCGGAUUGAUGCGGUUCACAGAAAGAUCACGCGCAAUCGGCAACAGAGUUGCACUUAGUCUGGUAAGGCCCAAAUGUAGUAUUUAGUUAGGAAGUACUCAAUUGAGUAACCAAAAACCAAUAUUUGCAAGACUCAACUUAUUUGAAAACAAAAUAUAUAUAAUAAUUUGAAAAAAUCGAACUGCCUAAGGCGGGAAUCGAACCCACGAACUUUCGCUUGCCGGGCGGCUGCUCUUCCAACAAUUCUAGAAAAUCAAUUUAUUCUAUCCCUGAAAUUUUUAACAAAUUGUCAGUCAAUUUAGUUAGAAUACGCUCCGCGAUAAGCCCAUACAUUUGUCGUCUAAAACAUCGAUAAGAUAUCACGGCGGUUAUCCCGAUUGAUGACGUCAUAGUCCCUAUUGUCAUACAAUUCUAUGGGAGUCACGUUUUGAAAUCUAUCAAAAAGUAUGUCAAUUGGCUAUUAAUGUGUCUACUAUAUAUAUAGUCUGAUCGCCGAGCACG